UUAUAAUUUAGAUUUCAUUUAAAUACGUAUCAUUUUGAAUUCUCUUAAAACAACGAGCGAAAAACAAAUAAAUAAAUAAAUAAAUAAAUAAGUAAAAAAAAGCAUUAAUAAUAAAAAUAAAUAUUUAAGGAUAUUUUGAAUAUUAUCGAAACAAUGGAUUGCGGUGGUGUUUUAGUAAAAUAUAUAUUAUUCGUAUUUAAUAUACUUUUUGUGGUAUGCGGUCUACUUUUAAUAAUAUUUGGAUCCUUAAUGGUUUCAAACAUUGGCGAGAUUCCAAAUACGCCGGAAAGCAUUCAGGCAAAUAGUGUACCAAUUGUUAUUCUAGUACUAGGCUGUAUUAUCUUCGUAAUUGCCUUUUUGGGUUGCUGUGGCGCUAUUCGAGAAAAUGCCUGCUGUACUAUGACAUAUUCUGUAAUAAUGCUGACCCUGUUUAUAUGUCAGUUGGCUUUAGUGAUUUUCAUUUGGCAGCAAAGGGUACAAAUUUUGGAUAAAAUGGAUGACGUGAUAGAGAAGAUUUGGGAUCAACGUCACACCGAUCAGAAGGUUAUGGAUGCUAUGCAAAUAAGUUUCAAAUGCUGCGGUAAGAAUGGAUUCACAGAUUACACAUUGGCUGGCGAAGCGAUUCCUCCAUCUUGUUGUGAAGUCUCGGCAACUUCGUGCACCGCUAUCGAAGCUAUAACUCGUCCGGGAUGUGUGCGUGCCUUUACCAAUUUCUGGGAAAACAGUAUCAACAUAAUACGCUAUGCGGGAUUGGGAGUUGCGGGCGUUGAAUUGGUUGCAUUUAUUUUCGGUUGCUGUUUAGCUAAUCAAAUGCGGAACAGACACCGCAGAACGCAUUAUUAAAAAAUUCUUAUGUAAUUAUUAUUAAAAUAAUUUUAAAAAAGAGUUUCUUAUUCCGUAUUUAAUUAUUAGAUAUGUAUCUGUUCCGUCGACAUUCAUUAUGUAUGUACAGUGAUAUAAGUUCAAAUAUAUUAUUUUAUUUCUGCAAAAUUUAA